AUGAAGCGAAAUAACAGUGAUUCUGAUGAUGAUGCGGAUGAAAUUGCAGAUGAACCAGGGUUUGUAACUAAAUCAAGGUUUCAUCACAAGCAAAAAAAGUAUCAAGUAGUCGAAGAGGACGAUUCAGAUGAGAACGAGGAUAAUAAUGGCGACGACGACGACGACAAUAAAAAUAAUGCUUCAGCAAAUUUACAGGCUAACUCUGACUAUCUUUUGUCUUUCCAAGACGGAGAAGAAGACGUUAUAGACUCUGAUGAGGCUGAAAAUCAUAAAAUAGUAGUAAUGAACUUGGAUGAGUUCAACCAGGUUGAUUAUAAGGACGAUGGCAAUCAAAUCGAAAAUGAAGGAGUCGCCAUAGAGGCUUUUAAUCUGGUGGAUGAGUCUAAGUACGGUGUAUUUGACCAAUACGGCAAUUACAUAGAAGAGAAAGAAGAUGAAGACGAACAGCAGCAAGACCAAUGGAUAAAUGAUUAUGAUGAUGAAGAGCAUAUUAGUUUGGCGAGAGAUGCUCAGAAAAAUAGAAUGGCGGAGCAGCAUCUCAAAAAAAGACAGCGCACAAGUCGGGUUUAUAUGCUAGAAGAUGCACUUUUGAGACUCAAGUAUCUACUACCGAAAAGCUUAAAUGCAUUGAAUUCAUUAUCGUUGCUAAAUAAGAAGCGCCAAUUCUAUAUGAAAAAGUCAGGGAAAAAUAAGGCAGAUUCUCUAGAAACUGCACAGGAUCGCGAAGCACACUUGAAGCAUGUCAUUAAUGGUAUUAACCUAAUAACAGAGUUGGUGGAGACUCUUGAACAGAAGGGCAUCGAAAAUGUGUAUGAGCUUUCAAGGUCUCAAAUUGAGAAACUCUAUAAUGAAGAAACCUUAUCAGGAAAUGAAUUAAAUGAUUAUGAAACAAAACAGUGGUCCUUCAAAUGGAUAAGUGACGCCACGACGGUUAACGAGUACUAUUCUAAUUAUGAGAUGCAAUACUGGAAGGAAACAUAUUUUAAUGAUAAUGUCAUUGUAAAGUUCAAGGAUGAUGAUGAUAGAGAGGAUAUGUGGGUCCAUAUAUGCUGUCUAACGUUUAUGUGA